UGUUUUGAAGUGGUGAAAAUGGUUUUGAAAAUAUUUGGUUUGAUUGCUUCUCCUAAUUGAAUCUUUACUUGCACUGAGUCUUGUCGUUCCGUUUUGGAGAGCUCGUGGCAAUGGAGCUCCUGCAACAAGGAGCAGAAGCUCGCCUUUACCGGACCUCGUUCUGUGGGAAGCCCACUAUUGUGAAAGAGCGCUUCAACAAAGCGUAUAGACACGAAACAUUGGAUACUCUUUUGACCCAGAGGCGCACGAACCAAGAAGUGCGAUCCCUUCUUCGCUGCCGUAAGGCUGGGAUUGCAUGUCCUGCUGUCUUCUUCAUUGACUACGAAAAGCACCGUAUUUACCUGGAGGAAAUCGUUGGCGCUGAGACCCUCAGGGAUGCUUUCUGUCGACUGGGUAAUGGCGAUGAAGCCAAGCGUCUUGGCAGAAUGAUUGGCCGUACUUUGGCCAGCAUGCAUGACGCUGACAUUAUUCAUGGAGACCUGACGACCUCCAACAUGAUGUUGCGUCCUGGCAAUGAGUGUGCUGGUGGUGUUAGUGAGGAGGGACAGCUAUUUCUCAUCGACUUUGGCCUCAGUUCAGUGUCGACGGUAGCAGAAGACAAAGGCGUUGAUCUGUAUGUACUGGAGAGGGCCUUUCUCAGCAGCCACCCGAAUUCCGAGGCGGUGUUCAAGGAGGUUCUCUCAGCGUACCGCUCUGCCACCAAAAAUGCAAAGUCAGUAGUCGAUAAGCUAGAAGAGGUACGAAUGAGAGGGCGAAAGCGGAGCAUGCUCGGCUGACCUUGGCCAUUCCUGAUGUGGACCGCCUCUGUUGGUCCCGUAAUGACAAUUGCCACUAUGGUAUACAAUGACAUGUCAUGUACAUGGUACAGAAACUCCCACUAGGCUUUGAAUUAACUUUUGAGAUACUAGUGGCAUGGCGCUGUGUGAUACAACCUAAUCAGUUUUUUAAGCAUAGAUGAAUAUCUACAACAGAUAUUAUUAUUAUGUGAUUGCACUGGCUUCAAUGAUGCUCCUCUAGUGGGCUUUUGGAUGUUCCGAACACUCUCACUUCACACUCAUAGCAUGCACUAUACGUAGAACAUGAAAUUGAGUGCCCAUGAUCUUUCUCAGCAUGCAGUAUAUUUCCUUUGAAAUGUUUAUACAAUGUACUUUGCUAGAAAUGCUGAAAUCCUACAAGAUGGAAUUUUGAAAGUCAAAUAAUAGUUGAAAAUUGAGGCUCAGUGCAAUUGACAUACCAUGUCGUGAGUAAACACAGUGCAUUUUUAGUUGUGUUGCUUGCAAAACCGAGACAGUAUGAGUAUAGACGUUUUGCGAUUACAUCACUUUGUCUUUAGUUGAGAUGCGUUGGCGAAGUCACACUCACAGCACAGCGCUGCACUUGCACUAGCGGCUCACGCUGCAUACAUCAUUAUUCCGAUAAUACGUAGAUGUAUCACUCCCUAAGUAUUGACUCCCAUUGAUUUUCGCUAUACCUAAGUAGUCAAAUAUUCCUGCAUAUUUCA